GCACAUUCUCCACUCUCAGUGCUGAUACACUGACACUUUCAUCAUGUACCUGAUACAAGGCAUCGUCCUGCUCCUGCUCAGCGUCAGUGUUCAGAGUCGUUCCAUUAGGACAUUCAUCAAUGGAACCUCUGAGGAGAUUGAUAACAGCAUUGACAGCGAUUAUUACUCAGUUUCUGCCAUAAUUGAAAGAGCCAACAAGAAUGCUGGAAAACCAGACGGUGAUUUCACUAUUAUACAUGGUGAUAUAGCCGUGUUCACUGGACUCCAGAAUGCAGAUCCAUGUACUUCUAAUAAGUGCAUGUGGAUCAGAAGCGCAGAUAUGAUGGUUUAUGUGCCUUAUGUCAUUUCCAGUCAGUACUCACCACCUGAAAUAGAUGUUAUCCAGCGUGCAAUGGACUCCUUCCAAAAGUCGACCUGUAUCCGAUUUGUACCUCGCAGAAAGGAAGUAAAUUUCAUUCAUAUAAUCUCAGACAAAGGGUGCUACUCUUAUGUUGGACGCAUUAAUGGAAAGCAGGUUUUGUCCCUAAAUCGCAACGGCUGUGUUUACCACAAAGUUAUCCAACAUGAGCUUCUUCACGCCCUGGGAUUUCAUCAUGAGCAGUGCCGUAGUGACCGUGACAAACACGUCAGAAUCCUUCUCCAAAAUAUCAAGAACGAUGGAAUAAACAAUUUUGUGAAAGUAGCCACCAACAAUUUGAACACUCCAUAUGACUACAAUUCCAUCAUGCACUAUUCGAGGUAUGCUUUCUCCAAGAACAGCUAUCCGACCAUCCUCCCUACACCAGACAAGUAUGUUUCCAUCGGACGUGCCACCGAGAUGAGCCACAACGACAUUCUGCGUGUUAACCGGCUCUACUGCAGUUAAAUGAAGCACGCUGAACAUCAUCAGUGUGUUCCGAAUGCUUUCACAAAUGUUCUGCUUUCCGAUGUCACAUUUUAAAUAUAUUAUUUUCUUAAAUCUGGAUUUAUUUUGCUUCUACUUUUGAUGCUAUUUAGAUCUGCUUUUUUGGGGAGGCACUGGAUUACUGAUCAAAUGGUCAGUGGUUCAAACCCCAUAAUCAUCAAGCUGCAAGUUUUAGGGCUCUUAUUUCUGAUGAAUUGCUUUAGGGGCACUGUAACAUGACCGACGGUGCCCUCAGAUUCCUAACAUCACUGGGAUAUGCAAAGAUUUUCACUGUGUAAUCUGUAAUUUACGUGUGACAAGGAAUUUAUUUUUUACAUGCAAUUUCAAAAAAAAAAA